GAGUCUCGGUCGUGAAAUCCACCUCGCCGUCAUCCACCGUUCCGAAAUUCCUCAACCUCAACCUCAACCUCCGCCUUCCCGCUCAUCUCUACACACUCGAGCCCGAUCGCUGCGUGUCGAUGUGGCCUGCAGAAUCGCGAGUAUCACAGGACUGACGGCCACAUCAGAUCACAUCGACGACGACAUCCGCCUCGACCUCGACGACAUCAUUCGCUUUGACCUCGACGCUGGUUUCGUCGAUCCUUGACACGAUAUCCCACAGAACUACCCGCCAGCGGCAUCGUCGUCCACAUCGACCUUCCUCGUUCCAUUCCUAAGAUCGACAUCCACUUCCUAGGAUUUUUGCAUCAUCAUCACGCCGCCAUCACCUGAGACUCGAAGCCACAGAAACCCCAACCCAUCAUGUUCUCUCGACGAAGCGGCCGCAAGGGAGAUGCCGACAUGUCUUGUGUCUUCGUUCACGCCGGAGCGGGAUACCACAGCAAAGAGAACGAAAGAAACCACCUCCAAGCAUGCUCCGACGCCUGUAAAUCAGCAAUGUUGAUACUCAAGAACGGCGGCUCGGCCGUCGAUGCGGCAGAGAUGGCCAUCAAAGUGUUGGAAGACCGGGAGAUUACAAAUGCUGGGUAUGGCAGCAACCCCAACAUCGACGGCGUCGUGGAAUGCGACGCCAUCGUCGUCGAUCACCUGGGCCGCAGCGGAGCCGUUGGAGCUGUUGCGCAAAUCAAGAACCCGGUUUCGCUCGCCCGAGUUCUACUCGAUUGCACUUCUCAGCCUCUGUCUCUCCGGCGCGUACCUCCAAAUUUAUUGGUCGGCGAAGGAGCCACAAAUUUCGCUCACGAUCACGGCAUACCAAUCUUGCCGUAUUCUUACCUCGUAUCGCCGAGCGCGAAACAACGGUGGCAGAAAUGGCGAGCCGAAUUGAUGCGUGCGGAACGCAUCGACGGCGACAGCUGGAUUUUUCGCCCGUCUGCUUCACUCGCCGAAGUGGAACGCGAAUUGGAUAUGGAACCUCUCGAGCAGUCGCGACGAGCAGGGGACACGAGACAAGCUUUCACGAGGUCCUCCAUCGACGUCACCGAGACCAGUUCGUUCUCUCGAGACGAGGAGCAUACCAUCCCAGACAGAGAAGAUCACAUCACCGACACUAUCGGUGCCAUUGCUGUGGAUCGACACGGCAAUAUCGCUUGCGCUGCCUCCUCUGGCGGAAUUAGUAUGAAGCACCGCGGACGAGUCGGGCCAGCUGCACUGAUCGGCGUCGGGGCCUUUGUCAUACCAGUCAACACCAACGACCCCGAUCGAACCUCCGUCGCGGCCGUCACCAGCGGGACCGGUGAGCACAUGGCCACGACGUUCGCCGCGCAUGCCGCCGCACAACGCAUCUACCACCCACGACGCCCUCGGAACGUGCAGCCCUGCGACGAGCCCGAGGCCCUCCAAGCCUUCAUCACCUCCGACUUCCUCGGCCACCCCUCGGUCCGACACAGCCAUUCCGCCGGCGCCAUCGGCGCGCUCGUCGUCAAGAAGACGCUGGACGGGAUCUGGCUGUACUUUGCGCACAACACCGACUCGUUCGCGCUGGCGAGCAUGCACGGCGAGGAGCCCCGUCCCGUGUGUACGAUGAGCAGGAAAUCGAACGAUCGGGCUGCGAGCGGCAACGCGGGCCUGGCGCAUGGCGGCCGAGGGAUGCGGUUCGGACGCAGCUCGGGGGGCAGGACGCGGUGA